CCGAUAGUGCCAUCGAUAGUUCUCCACCUCCAACUGCUGAUCUGAUUCGGACCCAGAUUCACAUCAGAAAUCCUACAGCUGGCACAAUCGCGCGAGAUACACCACUGCAGACACACGCAUUCCCCCUCUGCACCUAACACCUCACAUGGGAAACCCAUGAAAUCUUGGAGUGCUUGAAUUUUAAUUUGAUUUUGCACCCAGAUAUUAGUUGUACACUUGCGCGUCGACGCUGUGACCUUCGCAUCAGUGGGUCUCGUCUCGUGUCUUCUUCUGCACCGCUUUCAUUGUCAGUGUCAAGAAGGAAAAAUCAAUGGAGGACUUGACACCAUUAACCAACCUUCAACAGUUCCAAUAAUUCCACAAUAACUACUGGGCAUUCCCUCUAUAUUUUGUGACUUUUCCAUUCCGAUUCCGGAGGGUGCGGCGCGUAAGAAAAAUAUGACGGAACGCCAGCCGUUGCUGCUCCAAAGCGAUGCAUCCGACUAUGAGGGUAGCCGGGGGGGGGCAGCUCGCCCGGCCCGCAGCUCACCGCCCGACAACACGCUCGUCAAUGUGCACAGCGAGGACAGCAUAGCAGUGCAUGCGGCAGCCUCGGGUUCCGGAGACGAUGAUCAGGCGGCUCUGGACAAGGCCAGCUACAAUCCCACAUUGCAUCGUACCCUGGAGCAUCCCACAUCCAACUCGGAGACGCUGGUGCAUCUGCUGAAGGGAAACAUUGGCACUGGCAUUCUGGCCAUGCCGGACGCCUUCAAGAAUGCCGGCCUCUAUGUGGGUCUCUUUGGAACUCUGAUUAUGGGCGCCAUUUGCACUCACUGCAUGCACAUGCUGGUCAACUGCUCCCACGAGCUGUGCCGCCGGCUACAGCAGCCGGCCUUGGAUUUUUCGGAUGUGGCUUACUGCAGUUUUGAGACGGGACCGUUGGGUUUGCGACGAUACUCUCUACUGGCCAGGCGGAUCGUUACCACCUUUCUGUUCAUCACACAGAUUGGCUUCUGCUGCGUCUACUUUCUGUUUGUGGCACUGAACAUUAAGGAUGUGAUGGACCACUACUUCAAGAUCGAUGUGCACAUCUAUUUGUUGAUUAUGCUGAUGCCCAUGAUUGUGCUGAAUCUGGUGCGGAAUCUCAAGUAUCUGACACCCGUUUCGCUCAUUGCCGCCAUACUCACGGUGGCCGGAUUGGCCAUUACCUUCUCGUACAUGCUGCACGAUCUUCCGGACGUGCACACGGUCAAGCCGAUAGCCUCGUGGGCCACGCUGCCUCUCUACUUUGGCACCGCUAUCUACGCAUUUGAGGGCAUCGGUGUGGUGCUGCCGCUUGAGAACAAUAUGCGCACACCCGAUGACUUUGGCGGCACCACGGGCGUCCUCAACACGGGCAUGGUAGUCGUCGCCUGUCUGUAUACAUCUGUGGGAUUCUUUGGCUACCUGAAGUACGGCGAAGAUGUCAAGGGCAGCAUUACACUUAAUCUGCCGCAAGGCGAUGGUCUCUCGCAGCUGGUACGGCUUACCAUGGCCGUGGCCAUCUUCCUCUCGUAUACGCUGCAGUUUUAUGUGCCCGUGAAUAUUGUCGAGCCGUUUGUGCGCAGCCAUUUUGACACUACGCGGGCCAAGGACCUGGCUGCGACUAUUCUGCGCACAGUGUUGGUCACAUUUACUUUUCUCUUGGCCACGUGCAUUCCCAAUUUGGGCUCCAUUAUUUCGCUGGUUGGGGCCGUCAGCAGCUCGGCUCUGGCUCUCAUUGCGCCGCCAAUCAUUGAGAUUAUUACGUACUAUCAUGUGGGCUAUGGCCGCUACAAUUGGAUGCUAUGGAAGGACUUUCUCAUUCUAAUCUUUGGACUGUGUGGCUUUGUCUUUGGCACUUGGGCGAGCUUGGCUCAAAUUUUAAACGACAGAACUCACUAGACAGGGAACGGAACAGGGAAAGUGAUGUGCGAAUUUACGAAUGACGAAGGCUUUACGUAGAUAACUUCACUCGAGUGACUCUACGAAUAUUUGUACAAUUAGGUUGUUUCUCCCCCAUAUUUUUUAAACGGGCUUCGAGACCUGUGGCGGUGCUCAAAUUUGUUUUAUUUAUUUCUUUGUCCACGAAUUAGUUGCAAUUCUGUGUUAUCCACUAGCUACAAUUCUUGUACCAGACAAUAACUAGCAUUUUAAGUAUACAAUUUUAUAUAUUUUUUUCGCUUGAUUUAAUAUAAUUAGGUUGAAGGAGGAGCUUGAUCUUAUUUGAGGACCGCACCGCACAAUGCCAAAAGUGAUUUUUUGUCGUAGUAUAUGUUAAAUAAAUUAUUGUUUAGAUUUUACUAUGGAUUGAUCCCCCAGUAGUCUAGGUCUAGGGUCGUGACAGAUCAUUCCAAAGCAACGGCUAAGAAUUGAUCAGAAAUAGAAGCAGCAACCGAACGUGAGCUCUAGCUUAACCACAUACUUUUAUCGUUAUUAUAUACUCCAUUAAGGGUUCCGUUCCGUUACCCAAAUCUCUCCUGUAUAUACAUACAAUAUAUACUCGGUAUCCACAAAAUGUUCUUUAAUUGUUCAAAACGUAACAAAAGACAAUAAUUAAUGUAAUGUUUAUAAAAACCAA